AUGCUGCGAGCGGGCGUACGAGGCCUAUGCACGUCGCGCAUCGUUCGCGCGGCGCGUCCUUCUAUCCAGUCGAUUUCUGCGCUGCGCAAGGCGGUGCCAGGCACGUCGAUGCUCAAGGCACGCGAGGCGCUGGCGGCUACGCGCACGAACGAUACCGACCAUGUCGAGGCGGCCAUCGAGUGGCUCGAGGCGCAUCGAGCGGCCGAUGGCGCGAAGCGCGAGGCCAAAGUGGCAUCGCGCAUCACGGCCGAGGGCACGAUCGGCGUGUGCACGCUGUCGGAUGGCCUGCUUGGGACCGGUGCGCGUGCCUCGAUCAUCGAGCUCAACUGCGAGACGGACUUUGUGGCGCGCAACGACAUGUUUGGUGCGUUGGCGCGCGACAUCGCCCACACCGCGGCGUGGUUCCCGAUCGUGAGUGCGGCGCAUGCUGGCCUCUUGUCGGACGUGGACGUCGCCACGUUCCUCGAGUGUCCGUUGAUGCCCUUCGAGCCUGUGCCCGGCCAGCGUGAUGUCCAGACCGUGCGCUCGGCCAUCUCGGCGGUGAUCGCGCGUCUGGGCGAAAAGGUGGCCUUGACGCGCGUGGCAUCGCUCGCGCCCGUCGACCACCAGGUGCAUGUUUGUGGGUCGUUUGCGCAUGGCACGGCGGCUGCGCCGCCCGCGCCGCACGGCCCCGUGACGGCUGCCUUUGCGAGCGGACGCAUCGCGAGUCUGCUCGCCGCACACGUGCAGGGCGCGCCUACGGCUUGCGCGCAGCGCACGGCGCAGGCGGAUGACGCUAACGUGAAGCAGCUCCGAGCCAUGAUGCGCUCGCUCGCACGCCAGGCGGCCGGCUUCCCAACGGCCUCGAUCGAUGGGGAGGAUGCAUUGCUCACACAGCCAUUCGCUAUGCUACUACCUACAGCUGGCCUAGACGCCAGCGUCCAUGAACAGACUGUGCGCGAUGCCCUACAAAUAUGGUCACAAAAGACGCAGGGCCAGUUGGAUGUGGCGGCGCUGCGGCGCUGGGAAGUGGGUGAGACGGCGACGAAGCCCCAGGCAGAAGCAUCGUUCGCGGACCAGGUCAAAGAGGCGGCGGGCUUGGCUUAG